UUCUUGUUACUCCAAAUAAAUGAAAUAACUAUAUGAGGUAUUUAUAAUUGAAUAAAGAACCGAUAUAAGUAAGAAAAAAGUUUUCUUGUAAAGUAACUGGAAGAUUGUAACAAACUUUCAUUCUCUCAACAUUUGGAUAUAAAAAGAAAACAAAUGAAGAAAAAACUGAAAGAAUAAAAAAAAACGACAAAGAUUAUAAUAAUAAUACAAACAAGAAAUUUAAGAAAACUAUAAUUUUCUCGAAAACAAUAUCUAUUAUGGAAAAUCUUUUUACAGAAAGUAUACAUAAAAUCAAUCGAGUAUAAUUUACUGCUAUUGCUAUAGAUUAUAUUGUUACUACUGUAAUAAAAAUAAUACUAUGAAAAAACAAGCGGGAAAAACAUUUGUAUAAAUAAUAUAUUAAGCCGAGGUGUAGUCGAAUGAUUCUUCGAGUUCUACAUGACAGUCGAUAUCUGACUAUAAAGAUGGACGUAUUCGACAAAUACUAUCAUACCUAUCGUAUUAUAUUGAAAAUUAUAGGAUUAUGGCCGUACAAUAAUUCAAUCUAUGUAUGGAUUCAAAGAUUGUUGUUAUUGACAUUCUAUCUUAUUGUGUCACUUUUAAAAUCUGAAAUUAUGCUACAAAACUGUAUUUUAAUAUUGUCUACGAUUUGUCCACUUGUGAUAAUUUCGUUACGAUAUAUAUGUUUUAUAGUAUUUUUCCCUAUGAUAAAAUAUUUAUUUCAUCAUAUACGUAUGGAGGAAAAUAUAAUACAAGAUUCGAUAGAAAAACGAAUACGAACAAAAUGUAUCAACGAUUCGUGUCAUAUGAUCGAAAUACUUUUGCGGAUGCUUUAUGCAACUAUUGCAUUCUAUAGUAUGUUUAUAUUAUAUCUUGUAAUAUCGGAUUUUAUGAUGCCUUUGAACGAAUCUCUUAUACGUAUCCUUCGUUACGUUACAUUAUUUUCUGUUAAUCGAAUCAUAUAUUUUUACAUUUUGUGCUUGGAUAUUUUAUUUGUUGUCAUAUUUGGAUUAUUAUCUAUAAUAUGUACGGAAUCAAUAAUCGGACUUUGUAGUUAUCAUACGAGCAUAUUGUUUAAAAUUAUUAGCUAUCGAAUACAAAAGAUUAUUACGUAUUUGACUAUAGUCAAUCUCUCGUCGAAGCAAAUUGACUCAAAGCUUACAGAGCUAUAUCGCGUGGUGGAUAUGCAUAACCAAGCUAUCAAACUUAUCGAUGUCAUCAUAAAUAAUUCAGGAAAACAGUUUAUGGUAUCUACUCUUCUAUUUGUGAUUUCGAUGGCUAUAAAUCUGUAUCGACUAGUAAAUGCGAUUAUAAUUAAGAAGGAUCAAUUAGAAAUUUCAAUCUCUCUUAUCUUUUUUGUCAAUCAAUUCAUAAUUAUGUUUUUAUGUAAUCACAGCGGCCAGAUACUUAUAGACAACAGUCAAAAAUUAUUCGAUGAAUUAUACAUUUCUGUAUGGUAUUUUGUACCGUUAAAAGUACAAAAGAUUUUAUUGCUGAUCAUGAUACGGAGCUCAAUGACAUGUAUGUUUCACAUCUUGGGUGUGUUCAUACCAUGUCAUAUAGGUUUUUCGAAGGUAAUUUGUUUAAAUAAGCACAUAAUCAUUGUUUUAAUCCAAAUUAAUGAAAAUUCCUGCAUUUCAGAUAAUAAAAUUGAUGAUAUCGUAUUAGACGUAUUAGUAUUGAAAUAA